CUUGGUCAAUUUUGGUCUCGGCCAGCUGGUCUCGGCAGCCUUGACCGAACACCAUGUCGAAUGACGACCGUAUCAACCGCUCCAUGUGGCCCAUCGAGUACCGCAAGCCGCACGAUGUCUCGUUCGACAAGAAGAAGACGAUGAUGCGCACCGUCACCACCUCGGGCUCAGGCGACGACGCGCGCGACGGCUCGGUGGUGCGGCUGCACUUCAGCGUGCAUGCGCCGGAGGAGGAGGGUGGCGAGCGGCUCAUCUUCGACUCGGCGAGCGUCCAGCCGGGCGGCGUCUCCUUCACGCUCGGAGAGACGCUGCACGCCGAGGUGCUCGAGCGGGCGGUGCUCGGCCUCCCGCCGGGAAGCGUCGCCGACGUCAUCUGCACCGACGCCGCGGCGGCGAGCGACAGCCUGCUGCGGAUCGAGCCGCCUCCGCUGGGGCCACUCGCGACCGAGACAGUCACCGCGGUGCAGCGCAAGCAGUUCAGCGAGCAGAUCGGCGCCUCCUUUAUAGAGGAGAAGAAUGCCGAGGUUCUGGCGGAGGCCAAGGCGUGGCGGCCUCCCGCGACGAUGACCCGCUGGAAUGUCCGCCUCGACUCUGCGACCGCCGGAGUCGUCCCCGCCUUCAUCACCUACCCGCCCGAGCGGCUCGACUGGUCCACACGCCAAAAGGAAUUCGGCGCCGUCCUCUUCGGAAAGGGCCAGCACGCGCGCGCCGGCCGGAGGUACAAGAAGGCGCUGCUCGAUCUCGAGGUGCCGACGCAGUGGACCGAGGAGACAAACAUCGAGCGGAACAAGCUCCGGCUGGCGCUGCACCUCAACAUCGCCGCGUGCGCCCUCCGCACCGCCGACUACGACAACGCGGUUUUCCACGCCACGCGCGCGCUGCGCACCGACCCCAAGAACGUCAAGGCCCUCUUCCGGCGUGCGAGCGCGCACCUGGCCAAGGCUGGCGACGUCAACGGGCUCGAGGCGGCGCUGGCGGACCUCGGCCGCGCCCGCGAGCUCGACCCCGACAACCGCGAUGUGGCGGCCAAGCUGGCAGAGGCGAGGAGACGGCAAAAGGCGGCCGACAGGGACGCGGCCUCCGUCUUUUCGAAGAUGGUGCAGCCGGCGGAGGCUAUCUACUCGUGAGGAAUUCACGUCUCAGAUCAGGUGCUCUAGAGUGGGUCCGGAUGACACCACAAACAACUCAGCGCGGUCUGCGUCACUCACACUUAUAGGAAUAUCUAGACACGUCGUGGACCCCAGUGGCACGACGGAAAAUGCCCAUCUUGCGAAACUGUCAAACCCUAGUUUGCGAGUGAACACACUCUAUAUAGUUAGUAUAGAGUUUGAACUGGUUGGGUAGUAGUCUAAGUUCUGAGCCUCGAGGCUGAGCGGGUCUAAGUGUGACUAGUCACGCUGGGGUGCUUACGCGGUCUAAGAUCAGCGAGAGCCUCUUACAUCGGCUAAGUCGGC